GCCAAUGCUAUAUGAACUUUUAUCUGGAGGUAUGAAGAUAUGACACUACAGAGGGUGGAUCAUGAUGUACAGCUUUUGCAAUACAUACCAGGUUCUUUCAUCAAGGAAAGUUGAGCUGCUUCUGGGUUACUUUGUACACAGUAUAAGGAAGUCCAGCGAUGCUGAAGAUUCUUUCUAUGAUGUUGAGACAUUUAUAUUGGAACUUCAACCUGCUCAAAGGGGACUACGAAGUCAAAUUCUGGAGGCGGAUUUGGUCCUAUGGACUGUGGGCUCUAAGCCUUCACUUCCCGAAUUAGAACCUUGGGAUAAGCCGCAUGAGCUUCCUUUGACUGCCCAUGGUCAAACAGAAACUGAUGAAACUCUACGUGUCAAGGGCCACCCACGCAUUUUUGCCCUUGGUGAUUCUUCUGCAUUAAGAGAUUCAGAUGGAAAGAUUCUUCCAGCCACCGCUCAGGUUGCUUUUCAACAAGCGGAUUCCACUGGUUGGAAUCUGUGGGCAGCAAUCAAUGACCAUCCUCUUCUGCCUUUCAGGUUUCAAAACUUGGGCGAGAUGAUGACAUUGGGAAGAAAUGAUGCUGCAAUUUCACCAAGUUUCAUUGAUGGAUUAACUCUGGAAGGUCCAGUUGGACAUGUAGCGAGAAAAUUUGCACAUUUGAUAAGAUUGCCCACGGAUGAGCAUCGAAUUAAAGUGGGAAUGAGUUGGCUUGCUAAGUCUGCCAUAGAUUCAGUCACAUCACUUCAGGGCACCCUUACGAGAGUUCUUGCGGGCUAGCAAAUCAUUUUUUCAUCCAAGCUCUA